AUGCUCCCUCAACAAUACUAUUUCCUUCCAAAGGAAUACGCGACGAACACAGUGAUCUGUGGAUUCUGUUAUCGAUCUUUUAACCGAAUCGACUUUUUCCUUCAUAUUGUGAUUCAUGGAUUCAUCGUGGAUCAAAGCGUAUCCUGCGAACUCCGACCCGUCACUCUCGACAUAAAAGUUCGCGAAUUGAUGGGACAAAACAACUAUUCGGACGCGGAACUCGACGAUGAGCCCCUUACGAUUCUGUCGGUUGAUGGGAAACGAUUGAAAGCGAAGAUGGAUUUGAUGAAUGAACGGAAAAUUAACAAUAUGUCGAGAUUAUCUGAUAUUACGACACCGUUUAAAAGUGAGAUAGAUACAGAUGGAGAGAUGUCGACGCCUCGCAGUCGAAAAUCGGCGAUGGAUGCGCGACGUAUUCUGACUGAAACCUUCAAAGUGCUCCAAGCAAACGCUCGAAAUCGGAGAGACACGUGGAAUGCCACGUCUUCUUCCUCUUCCUCAGAUGACGAUGACAAUUCAGAAGACGAACGAUUCGAGAAGAAACUGGAAAUGGAAUCGACAACGAAACUGGAGAGAUACGAAAGAUCGAAAAGUAGAGAACCGCCCGCUCAGUUAGAGAAGAAAAAGGUGGAUGUAUCCAGUAUGAGACCUGCUGAAAUUCGAGAAUGGAUUAGGAGAGAAGCGAGGAGAAGAGGAGCCGAUUGGACGGAGGAUUCAGAUGAAUCCACGUCUUCUGAUGAUGAUGAUUCUGAAGAGAAGACGUCGACGAUGGGGAAGAAAUGGGCGAAUAUGAAGUUGCAGGAUAUUAAAGAGAAAAUCCGUCAAGCGGCCAAACGAAGGAACGUGACACUAUCAAGCGGCUCAUCGAGUAGUGACAGUGAUGAUAACUAA